AUGGUUCUACACCGGCAACAGGCCCAGUUUGGGCGGGCAAAGUGGCGCAUGGCCAUCUUGCUGCCGUGCUGGGUCUUACAGAUAUCUCUACUCCUGGCGACCAUUGGACUAUUUUCGUGGAGACUGGCCCAUUCUGUUCGAGAGUACGAGGAAGACAAGAAGAAGGGCGGAAAUGUUCCAGCCACGGAGCUAGUAUGGGAGAUCACCAAUCUCGGCCUGCCACUCAUCGUUCUCAUCCUCACACUGAUCGAGUUCGUUAAGCUCGGCGCGGAGACGCUUACACCAUGGACUAUGGUGGCGACCAACGUUGUCAAAACGGUUUGCGCCUGUGGCGGUAUGUCCGUCGAUGUGGUCAUGUACACCCAGAGAAAGGACCGCCACUACAGCUUGGUUGGCCUUGUCAUGGACUCUAUCCUGAUCGUCGCCAUCCUGAUACCGACGAUUUACUCCAUCAUGACCUAUCGUCGCCUGGCUUCCUUUGACGAUUACCACUAUCCCGUCAACAUUAAGGCGUAUGGCUACAACGACCUGGAGAACCAGCAGCGAACGGCUUCGAAGAGCGGUCGCCUUUCCAUUGCUUCCCUGGGCGAGAGCUCCUUGCGCCGCUUCUCCGGGUCGUCGAUUCACAACCCUGCUGCCGUUUACCAGAGCCAACCCGAAGCCCCGGCAUCUUUAACUUCCGUCGGUCGCGCCGGGCCUUCUUACAACAAUGAGCGAGAUACACAGUUCGAGCAAUACAUGAUGGAACGUGAGCGCCGCAUGUCCGGCGAGCACACUUACAAAGGGGCGGUUGAUGCGGUACCUUCGCCCCACCGCAGCGUCAGCAGUGCGACGACGAGUUCCGUCUCGAGCUCCAGCACCGGUGUCAUUGUUACUGGUGGGACACUGGAUAGCGCCCGACCUCUGAGCGACUCGAUAGGCCGCGCCCCGAGCUGGGGCAGCUCGCACGGGCUGGUGGCCGUGCCAGAGCUGGACGAAUACGACGAGGAAGAGCACCACGCCCAGACACAGCACCAGCAUCAUCGAAGGCAGUCCCAUCGCCAGAGCGGUGAUAAGGUGGCGCUGCUGGGUCAUCACAGGCAGCGCAGCAGCAGUGAUCCGCAAUGGCCGCAGCAGCAGCGCCCGCCCGUGCCGACGAUUGAGUUUGAAGACCUGAGCUAUACGGAGAGAAGGAGGUAG